AUGCCUCACGCCGAAUCGCCUGAACCUCAAUACCCAUCGGGGGAGAAGCUUUUCGUGAACGACGGCCCAUUGACACCCGAGCAAUACACGGACCUGAGAUCCACGACACUGGAUACUCCCAUCGAAGAAGCACGCCGCCGAUACGAAGAAGACGGCUACCUCUUCGUCAAAGGCCUGCUCCCUCGUGCCGACGUCCUCAAAGCCCGAGAAGAAUAUUUCCGCCUUCUCUCCCCCAGUGGCGUUUUAAGACCCGGCACCAGCCCCGUCGACGGCAUCUUUGACUCUUCCAAGGACAAACUCGAUUUCCCCGGUAUCGGGGCCGGAUUUGCGGACGCCAAUGGCCGACCUACCGGCCCUCACCCGGAGAUUGCCAGCAUGUUUGUCGACUUGGCGCUCAAAGCACACACGGAACCCUGGUACAAAGAGGACUUUUGCAAACAUCCCGCGUUGCGAAACUAUAUUUCCCAAUUAACAGGUUGGGGCGACGACACGUUGGCCAUCAGACGUACGCUUCUCCGAAAUAAUACGCCAGGUAACAAGGCCAUUGGCGUGCACUAUGACCAGAUCUUCCUCCGAUGUGGAGAAGAUACGGCAGUCACGGCGUGGGUGCCGAUGGGCGAUAUCUCCAGACAAGGCGGAGGUUUGAUCUAUCUUGAACGGGGACAUACGUUGGGUGCCGAGAUCGAGGAGUCCUUUACCGCCAAGGCGAAGGCCUCGGGUCUUUCCGACGAAGAGGCGAAGAGCGCGUUCAACAAGAAUAUGAUGGAUGGUGGAUUACUUGCGGAUGGACCUGCAGAGUUUGCAAGACAGCACGGCCGACGAUGGUUGGUGACCGAGUAUGAGGCGGGCGAUGUGGUGCUUCAUAAUGCAUAUGCGAUCCACGCCUCAACAAUUAACCAUGAUCCAGAGAACAAAAUCCGCCUAGGCACAGAUUUGAGGUUUGUCAAUCAAUCCCGCCCCUGGGACACGCGGUGGGCAAAGGAUUACACUUUUGACGAUGGAAUCUAA